AUGAAAAUUGUUUCUCCAAGCUAUAUUCGUGAAGUGUUAAUCGUCAUUAUUAUUGUAAUCCAUGUCUCGACGAUACCUACGACCGCGCAUUAUAGGCGUUGUCAUGAUAAAUUCCACCAUGAAGAACAUCAUUAUAAACAUCAUCAUUGUAAACAUUAUAAAACAACUGUAACGAUUACAGAAUAUGUUUUAGGUGAAUGUUCAACGACGAGUUCUCCACCGACUACCUGUUUUGUCCCACCAGAUAACUCUUCAGUCUCAUAUACUACUCCCGUUUCAUCAGAAACAUCUUCAGUAGCUACUACUUCAUCGAUUACUCCAUAUCCAUCAGAUACAUCAAUUGCUUCAUACCCAUUAGAUACAUCGAUUACUCCGUCAGAUACAUCUUCACCGAUUACUACAGUUCCGCCAGAUACAUCUUCGACAGCUAGUUUAUCUUCACCGAUUACUACAGUUCCGUCAGAUACAUCUUCGACAACUGGUUUAUCUUCACCGAUUACUACAGUUCCGCCAGAUACAUCUUCGACAAAUAGUUUAUCUUCACCGAACACUCCGGCUCCGUCACAUACUUCUUUGCCAACUACUACGUCCAACAAAACCACGGCAACUGUUACAGCUACAGAAGAUACGCCGACCUCUUCUAGAAUUACUUCAUCAACCGCCCCAUCCUCGACGACUACUUCAACGCCUACCGUCAAACCGUCAACGUUUUUGGCGUACACCCUUUUUUCAAGCUUUAAUGUCAAUUAUCCGGGUUUCAGCAAAAGCAUAUUAGGUUUGGUAACAUUUUUUCAAACUCCUGAUGGAAAAACCAUUAUCUCGGGACAGUUAAGUCAAACUUUAACCCGAUUCGACGGAACUUAUACUUUCGUAAUUCGUGAUGAAAAGGAAACGAUAUUGUUUGAUUUUACAAAGUCAAUUAUCCCAAUUCAAAUUGGUGGUGCUUCUACAUUCAGCACGACUCAAAAUUUGAUAUUGAUUAGUGGAGAAAAGAGCAUCAUCGGGAAAUAUUUUGAAAUAAGGUUUCAAGACGUAGUCAUUGCGAGGGGACAAAUAGUUGAAGAUUUUGGAGUUUGA